UCAACACAGACCAUAUGAUGGUAACAAGACUAAAUUUAAGUUUUCAACAAAUAUAAAAAGUAAUUUUGUUCCAGUUCAAAAUUUCAGUAUGGGUGGGUCAUCGUCUAAAUCUUACCAGUCAGGCAAAGGGAUGGACACGGCAGAGUUCAGAGUUAGAGGCAAGGAGAUGGUGGACUAUAUGUGCAAGUACAAUGAGACAUUGCCAGAAAAGUGUGUGGUCAGCAAGGUCAAGCCUGGGUACCUCAAGGAGCUCCUACCUACAGAACCCCCAGAGAACCCUGAAUCUUGGGAUGACAUUAUGAGGGACGUGGACGCACACAUCAUGCCAGGAAUCACGCAUUGGGAACAUCCCAGGUUCCAUGCCUACUUCCCGUCAGGCAACUCCUAUCCAUCAAUACUAGGAGAUAUGUUAUCAGACAUCAUAGGUUGUAUAGGCUUCUCCUGGGCCGCAAGUCCGGCCUGUACUGAGCUAGAAACUAUCGUAAUGGACUGGAUGGCACAUGCUCUUGGUCUUCCCUCAACGUUUUUAUCAACCAGUAAAGGCGGGGGAGUAAUACAGGGUUCGGCAAGUGAUUGUGUUCUCACAUGCAUGUUGGCGGCGCGACUUGAAGCACUCCGGAAGCUACAAAAAGACAAUUCCGCUUCUCUAAUUAACGAAGACAUCCACCUGAAGGCUGCGCUGCUGCCCAAGCUAGUGGCUUACUGUUCUAGAGAGGCCCACUCAUGUGUGGAGAAGGCUGCUAGUAUCUGCCUGGUCAGACUGAGGAUACUGGAACCCGACGAGGAGAAUGUCCUGCGUGGAGACAUACUCAAGAAGGCAAUGGAAGAAGACAUAGCGAAUGGUUUGGUUCCGUUUUUCGCACUCGCAAUCACAGGAUCAACCGGUAGCUGCACGUUUGACAAUCUCACUGAGAUGGGUCAGGUGUGCCGUGCAGCCGGAGUUUGGCUGCAUGUCGACGCUGCGUACGCUGGCUGCGCCAUGAUCUGUCCUGAGCUGCGAUACCUCAUGAAAGGCGUUGAACUGGCGCAAAGCUUCAACACCAACACAAACAAGUUCUUCCUCGUAAACUUUGACUGUUCCUUACUGUAUGUGAAGGAUAGGCAGAAGCUCGUCUCGUGCUUCAAUGUUGACCCACUAUACCUGAAACACCAACAUGAAAACGUUGUGUUUGACUAUCGCCACUGGGGGAUCCCAUUGAGUAGAAGAUUCCGUUCCUUAAAGUUGUGGUUUGUGCUUCGCUCGUAUGGGAUCUCAGGAAUGCAAGAGUACAUUCGCAACCACAUCAAACUAGCCAAAAGGUUUGAGAACCAUGUUCGGCAGGACAAAAGAUUUGAAGUUAACAAUGACCCAAGGUUAGGACUGGUGUGUUUCCGACUUCGUUCCGAAGGAGACGCCCUAACAACAAGUUUACUUGCAAAUAUCAACCAAUCCGGGAAGCUGCACAUGGUCCCGGCCCGGUGCAAGGAGAAGUACAUCAUCCGGUUCUGUGUUGUUGCGCAGAACGCGUGUGAAGCUGAUAUAGAUUACGCAUGGAAAGUGAUAACCGAUUUUGCCGCUGAAAUUCUCACACCGGAAUCACCUCGUAUUCUGUGCAGCAUUCCCACCACACCUGAAGGUCGUAAGCUUAGCAGGCAGUUCUCCUUCACAAGAACCGUCUCACAGACGACGUUCAAGCGAUCCGUGCGGAAUAGUCUGUACGACGGCGCCACGCCUGUCGUCUUGGUGGACGAGGACACAACAAAUGUCUUUGACGAAGUUUUUGAAAACGCACGCAAAGAACAAGAACAAAGUAAAGACAAAGAGUAAUUUGAAACGAAACCGGUAUUCCUCCCUUAGGUUAAGUAUUUAUUUUUCCAACUUUCCUUUUGAUUUAUGUGAUAUGAAUGAUUGUAAUACAUUUUUUUAAGAAUUGAA